AUGGGGAUGUUACCAUCAAGUGGAAGCCGCAUCCUUGUGGCAUUCUUUGCUACUGUUUUUUGGGGAAUGGGAGUUCGUGGACUUCACAACCUGGAAAUAAAUGUCCCCAACGCCGUAUUAGUUGGGGAAACAGUAACCUUGGAAUGUAGUUGGCAGCUGGAAGAUGAAGAAGCACUUUACAGCGUGAAAUGGUACCGGGGACGGGAAGAGUUCUAUAGAUAUAUACCGAAAGAACUGCCGCACACAAGAGUAUUUCCACUACCUGGUAUCGAAGUUGAUAUAUCGAGAUCCGGCGCUCGGCGAGUGGUACUGCAGCAAGCAACUCCAGCGAUGGCCGGUCGAUUCCGAUGUGAAGUUUCCGCAGACGCACCUACAUUCCACACUGAAAUACGAUCUGCGCCCUUAGAAGUUGUUGAAGCUCCAGAGUGGGGCCCUAAGUUAGUCUCAGAUCGCUCUUGGUAUGGCGUUGGCUCAACUUUGCGAGCCACUUGUGCCUCAUCGCCUGCUCAUCCUCCAGCUAAUUUGACGUUCGCACUAAACGGUCGUGAGGUUGACAUGGAAUCACUCUUUCACGAGUUGCCAUCGUGGUUUAAGUGGGACCCGCCACCGAAGCCCGAAGCGACGACUACGGAGCAACCUGAUGACGACAUGAUGUUCAAUAUUUUUCACGAUGAAGGCAACAUUCAAUAUUUAGACGAGUCUUACAUAAAUCAGCAUAAAGAGGAAAUUAGGAGGCCACCGAAAGACAUUUCAAAGCCAUCAUUCGAGAGAACAGGUCCGGAUAAUAGACUGCCGUCAAUAGGAGAGGUGUCGUUCGUGGUGCGAAACGAAGCGUUCGAGCGCGGUAGUCUCCGACUGACCUGUAUAGCAAACAUAUACAACCUGUACUCGGCACGCGCCGAACUAAUUUUCGAUAUGGAGCAACCAGAAGUUGCAUCCGUGCUAGGCGUCCGUAAUAGAGCAGCAGAUUUGUCGUCACGCAGUCUUUGGCGAAUACCAACAGCAUUCGUACUAUUGCUGUACAGUGUACGGUAG